AGUUGCCUUUUUUUACAACAAUAAACACUGAUUCAUCCAUUCCCAGUUUCCCACACAAACUGGAAGCGGAAGACUGAUAUAACCUAAAGUUGGCGGUGUUGGCGAUUAAAAGUGAUGUGUUAAAAUUAGUGUUUUCUUCUUCAGUGAAUUAAUUUUAACUGGAUUUUCGAAACUAAACAUUUUGUGUAGCAUUUUACCUUUGUCACCGAUUAAAAUCUUAAUCUUUAGUUUUUACAAACUUUGUAGUAAUGACGCCUUCUGAGCACAACAUAAGUUUUCGUAAACAGUUUUUGAAUAGGGUUUUAUUAGGAAUUUUAAUUUUCUUAAUAUUUUUCAAUUUUCCAUAUCUUUGUGGGGGACAUGGUCAUUCACACGAAGACGGUCACAUGUCUGGUCAUGGGCAUUCUCAUGAUCAUGAAAUAAAGGAACCUCCAUCUUUCAAAUACUCAAAACAGGCAAAUGUGAAAUCACAACAUUCUAGUGACAGUGAAUCGAGUAAUGAAACUAGAGAUGUGUUUAGUUUGUGGAUUGAAGCUCUUGGGUCAACUUUGUUGAUAAGUGCUGCACCUUUUUUCAUUUUAUUUUUAGUACCAUUGGACAACAGCAAGGAAAAAGAACCACUUCUAAAAUUGUUGCUCAGUUUUGCAUCUGGAGGAUUACUUGGAGAUGCUUUCUUACAUCUAAUACCACAUGCACUUGCACCACACUCUCAUGAAAAGGAUGAUUCUGAUGAAUCUGUCCAUUCACACUCUCAUUCAAAUUCGCAUGAACACGGAGGGCAUGGUCAUGAUAUGAGUGUUGGUCUUUGGGUUCUGUGUGGUAUUCUCACAUUUUUAGUUGUUGAAAAGUUUGUUCGGCUUGUGAAAGGAGGACAUGGGCAUUCACACAGCUCAGUGACAGAAAAAGCAGUUCCAAACAAAAAAGAUAAAGUCAGUGAUUGUGAAAGUGAAGAAGAUGAAGAUAGUUCUCGUAAAUUAGCUCAAGAUGGUGAUGGAAGUACACCAAAAGGUACCACCAAAGAAAAGAUGGAAGUAGAAAUUCACGAAGAUAUCAAGGUGGCGGGAUAUCUGAAUCUAGCAGCCGACUUCACUCACAAUUUUACGGAUGGUCUGGCCAUUGGUGCUUCAUACCUGGCAGGUCGAAAUAUCGGGAUAAUAACAACUGUAACUAUUCUCCUACAUGAAGUUCCUCAUGAGAUCGGAGACUUUGCUAUUCUUAUACAGUCUGGAUGCAGUCGCAAGAAGGCCAUGUUGCUGCAGCUGACUACAGCAGUCGGAGCACUGACAGGCACCGUAGUGUCUCUCUGUGCCGACGGUUUUGACGCAGCAGCAACAGCCUGGAUCUUGCCGUUCACAGCCGGAGGCUUUAUCUACAUCGCCACCGUGUCUGUGAUCCCGGAGCUUCUGGUCGACACCAAGUUGUGGCAGAGUGUGCGUGAGAUCAUCGCACUGCUCGUCGGAGUCUACAUGAUGGUCCUCAUCGCACAAUACGAGUAGCAGUAGCCUCCUUGUGUAAUAAUACAACUUCAUAAUUUUUGUUUAAAAUUACAUUAUAUAAAGGCUUUUUUGUAAUUUUUGUAAAGAUUUUGUUAAAUUUUAUAAUGUAUUUUAAUUGGGAAGUUUUAUUUUGUAAAAUCAAGAGUAUCAGAAAUGUACAGAUAAAAUAAUUUGAUGUAUUAUAAUUGCUAAAAUAAAAGUUCCUUUUAGUUGUGUUCACAAUCAGGCUAGAAGUAUAUUUUACUAACAGUAGAUAGGCUGAUAAAGAACUGACCCCGGUCUAGGAGUAAGUAGUAUUAUUUCAAAAAGUUUUGUUCAUCAGGCAAUGUUUAAUUUUGUAAAUAAGAACGUACUUAGUAAGUACCUCUUGCGAUACUGAACGAUUGUGGCACAAAGUGUAAAGUUGUGCACAACAACAAAAUAGAAGUUCAAGUUUACGAAAUAAACUACCAUCAAAGUUUUAAAAUAACAACCGUCAAGGAAAAAUUUGAGUUGUGAAAUAUUUAAAGUAAACAAAGUUUGCACUACAGAUAGAGUAUUUAAAAGUGAAACGGUUCAUGCAUGGAGGGGAAGUGUGGGCUGGGUACGGUAAGAGGAGCUGGACAACAGGUGUAGCCAGUAGACUACUAGCAUUAUUGAAAAUAUUGGUCUGAUGCACGCCUAGCCUUUCAUGGUACUUUCUUAACCUGACACUCUGGGAUACUGAUUCUCCAGAUAUUUAUAAACCUUUAUUUCAUCAGUUUUUUUUACACUUUCCAAAACUGAAGCACUUGUGGUGUCCAUUUUAAGCACUGAUUUUCAUGUUUUUAGCAGCGCUAAUACGCACUUUACUCGUGGAGCAGACAGAACUGAGUGUCUGUGCUGAUCUGAUGAGCGGAUUGUAAAUGUGCGCAGCAAUAUUUGUCCACUGUGCAACCAAGGCCUGUUUCACGACUAGGUAAUCUAUUAGUACUGAGGUAGGCAAUGGCCGACAGUGCCAAGAAGUUGCUGACUUUGGAUUGUGUUACUAGCUAGUAAGCUUGCGUAAUCAUACAUACAGUAUUUGCCAACACACGACACACAGGACAGUAGGGUGAUAUAUCACAUGUACAAAUGUGUAUGGUACAAAACACUGCAGUCAGUGGUGGUGAAUGAGAUUCGUGUUGGGUCAUGUAAAUGUUGGUUCGCUUACUAAUGCAGUUGUGUUGAAUUUAUAUUUAUUGAAGUUCAUCUUAUAGCAAUAUUAUUAGAUUAAUCAGCUGUUUAGUUUUAAAUAAGUGAUAUUCUGUUUGAUAGUGAUUUUUUCAAAGUGGAAUUUCUUUUGUGAAACUGGAAAAAAUAUACAAUUUAGGUAAAUGAUUUUCUUUUUUUAAUUUUUAAAAAUACGUUAAAUUUAAAAAGAAGAGUUGUUUUAUAGUUUUUAAGAAAGAAAUUUAUUUUUCUACUAACAGAUAUAAAAAUCAGGGACAUGCCACGAUAUUUUUCAUUUUAACAAAACUUUUUAGUAAAACACUGUGAAACGGCUGAAAUAGGUCUGGUGCCGACAGCAAUGCUGGAUGGCAAAUGCCCGGUAUUCCCGGAAAUGACUCAGUGUUUGGCCUGGUACUAAAGGGGUGAUAUGGAUAAUGAAAAUUUCAACUUCUAUUCAACAAGAAGUUUGUAACACAAUAUUUGAGUAGUCAAGGUCCACUGAUUGUUAUUAGAAGACAAAUUGUUACUUAUCAAAGACUUUGAGCUAUUAGGAUGAAGUUAUCAGUGUUGGACUGUACUUACAGUACUUACUACUGACCCUGCCAGUGAUAUCUCUCUUUCCUGCCAUCCUGUCACUUUUGGGCACAAUUUUGUGUCAGGACGAUUUACAAACACUUGACUAUGAGUAACCAAUAUUUCCCAAUUGCUCAAAAAAAUUUGUAUUGCAAAGAAGAAUUAAUUUACUAUUACUUGUUGUAUAAACUUAUUUAUUAAUACCAAUAGUAAAGUAGGUUGAUAUUGGUAAUACAGGUUUUUCUCUGUUGUUUUUUUUUUUUUUUUUUCAUUAAUCAGUUGACAUCAGUCAUAAUAUUGUCAUCAUCUCUGUAUACUGUUGCACUAGCGGUUUUUUGUUUUGUUUAUUGAUAUCACUUUGGGAAUAAAUCAUUGUUUUAGUUGGGUAAUAUAUAAUAAUUUCUUAUUUAAGGGUUGAUUUGGAUAUUAUAUAUAUUUUCUGCACCUUCAGUAAACACAUAACAUUAUUAAUUUAUUGAAAUUGAUAAGAAAAUGUCUAAAUCGGAAUGCUUUUACAUGGCAUUUAAUAAAAAUACUUGUGCACAACUUUUUGGAGCAAGAAAUUGUGUAAAAGAUUUAAACUGAAAAUGUACUUGUAGUAAAAUAUACAAUCUUAUUAUAUAUAGAGAUCGAUGAUCACAAUAAUAUUCUUUCACUUAUUAAAUUGGGUUUCUAAAAAAAUGAAGAAGUUUUGUAAACCUUAUUAUCUUAUUAUAUUGAUUUAUUUAUACAAACCCUUAAUUCAAACAUAAAUGACUGUUCCUUUUUACGUUAUAGUAAUACAAAUAGUUUAAAUUUGGUGUUUAAAGAUUAGGAGUUUUGUUUGUUGAAACUGCCAAUCUUUUAACAUAUCUGCCGAUCUUUACAUUUAGCAUUUAGUUAUAUCUAUGUUAAGGUUUAAAAUUAUUUACUAUAUAUUUUACUCAUGUCAUAGCUUUUAAAACCAUUUAUUUAAUGAUUAUGUUACUUAACCAUUCCAUAGUUUAAAUUUAAACAAGUUAUGUUAUUCUUGACACUUUCUAAGUUGUAAGAGAAGCUAUGUGACUAAAUACAUAUGAAGAUGUUAACUUAAGAAAUAUAUAUAAUUUAUGUAUAAUAUUGUAUAUCUUGUGGUUCUAUUAAAGUUUGAUUUCCUAUU